AUGGCGUCCAAAGCAGAACUAAAACGUCCCCGACUCGAAGACUCGGACUCCUAUGCAGACCGUCCGUCUCCCAAGAGACCUCGCAGUGCUUUCGACUCGCAGCGGGAUACUCAAGUGAAACGAUGGAUGCGCUCACAAGCGCCGUGGCUCGAAUUUGUCCAACAGUUGACGAGGCUUGAGGAAGGCGAUAACAAUGCCGAACAGGAAAAAAGCCUUGUGGAAAUCCUGCUGCUGCAGACUACCGAAGAGGGGGAGGAAUUGUUACCCGAGUUGCAACACAUCGGACUCGAGAUUAUGAGAGCAGUCCAACAAGACCUAGCAGUUUUCGCCAUCGAACUAGGCAAGCUCUACGUUUCAGUCAGAGCCCAAGAACAGAUCACGAUCAAGUCCUGGUCUGCGGAAUACGAAGGGGACGGGGUCAAGAUUUUCCAAACCCACAUUAGAAAGUGCAGUCGCAUGAUGACACAGCGUUCGGACCAUUACGCCGCAAACUUCGUGGUCGCUAAUUCUUCCGGCAUGGGCAAGACUCGUAUGAUCGAUGAAUCCUCCAAAACGCAGUUCACCGUCCUUCUUGUGCUCAGGAAUGCGAGGGGUGGUUUCCCUCCUCCAGACAGCGAUGUGCUGGAAUACUUUCUUUCCUCGACGAGGAAGAACAACUGCCAGACCGCCAUUAUAUGCUUUCUCGCGACGCUGUACGAUCAAUUAGCCAAGCUGCUACAGGGCCGACAAGAAGAAGUGGGGCCGCAAAAUCAUGCUGAAAUUGCAAGAUGGUUUCGCGCGUACAUCGUAACCUGGAGCGAUAUGUACAAACCCAGCCCGCAACGGAUAGCGUUCUUCCAAAGGGUGGUGAAGAACGCUGAAACGAUGGUACAACGCGCCCUUGGAAUGAACGGUUCUCGACGUGAAGAAGGCCGAGACCGGAAUCAGCCUCCUAGCCUGUCUGAUAAAGACGAAUGGUGCAAGUCCUUGAUGAUAAAUUCGUUCAAAAUGCUCUCACGGCUUUUACGGCAUGACGAGACAUCGAGGCUACCAAGUGUACUCCUCGCAUUUGACGAAGCUCAUACAUUGUUAAUUCCGAGUCACAACGCCCAAGCAAGAGCUCCAGCCUCGUCCAUCUACACAGUGUUGUGCCGAGUGUUGCGCUAUCUAAAGGGCGAACCACACAUGGCUUGCUUCGUCUCAACUUCGGGCAGCGUCGUGGAGUUCGCAGCUCCCAUACGAUUGGAUGCAUCAAGCCGGAUACACGAGGGACUGUCUUUGAACUUGCCACCGUUCACCACAUUUCCCUUCAACAUGGCACAGAUACAACCGGAAGAGAUGGAUUUGCAGGUGGUGGGCAAAGAAAGCUUCAUGUGCAGGCAGUCUAGGAUACUGUUUCGCGGACGGGCUGAGCACGGCGUCGACCCUGGGCUGGGCGAUUUGUCGGCAUUCGCAGAGCAGAAGCUGCUCGGCAGUACAGAUCAAUUCCAUCACGACUAUGAUCAAAGGCUGGCCAUUUUAGCACGACGCAUCCCGAUCGAUAUUCGCACGAACACGGAUGCAGGAGCCCUCCAGUCGAUUAAUCGGCAGAUUGCUCAGCACAUGCGUGUACUUUACGGAAUAACAGGUGAAAACAAAACACUCAUUACCGGAUCUCCGAGCGAGCCAAUCCUUGCUGAGGGCGCCAAAAAUGCAAUGAACUUUGAACGUUUCCAGGAAGCAUAUGCGCUCAGAGAUAUCUUGACAUCUCCCGGAAUCAACGAUAUGGCAAAAUUUUCCAUUCCAGCCUUCUUCGAGUGCCUGCUCACCGAUGCCUCCUGGCUGAAGCUCAAGACGUCCCAAGCAUCCCGUGGUGGAAGAUUCCACACCAAGACCUUUGAGGAGACAUUCCAAAACUCAUUCGGAAAUUUUAAUCAUAUCGUGAAGCUCCAUGGCGAUGUCCCGGGGUCGGAAUUUUGGUACAGGUUUCUUACGAGACGUGUGGCUGCUUCCACAAAGUUCAACCGAAUGGGUAUCGAUGCUGCUUUCCCCCACACUAUCGAUGGGACGAAGAUCGCACCAGAUAACACGACCUCUACGGUGGUGCAAACCAAGGCUGUGGCCGAUAUGCAAAGCCCAUCCAAAAAGGUGUUUGACAGGAUGGACAGCGUUGUGCGGGAAAUGCACGAAUCUGAUGAGAUUAAUUCAACAUCCAAACCCAAGCCUGUUAAUCGGGUGGUCUUCUCGUUGAAGUCCCACGAGAAGGAUGUGACCGUGAUGCGAUACGAAGAUCAGCACAAUGACCUGUUGACGUGGGACAUCUAUGUGCCUUUCGCGGCACUUAGAGCUGUUGAGAAGGACCCCCUAAAGUGGACGGACGUGCUGGACACGGAAUUGCGAGUAGAAAGGAUGUACGGUGGUGAUGUGGCCUUGAUGGGGAUGGACCCUGCGUCUGACAACAAAGACGCAUAUUGGCCAAAUUGGGCACCAACAGCAAGGGGGACGAGCGACGAUGCAGGCAAUGCAGGCGAUGACAUAGAUGUAUGUUGA